GGUGUGGGUAAGGGGAGCUGCUGCCCACUUUCAAAAUGGAGGAUACCAGCACAUGGGAUGAGGAGAGUAGCAGCUCCAGCAGCAGCGAUGGGGAAGAAGAAGACAUGGAUAUGGAAGAGAAAGAGAAAGAGCAAGGGGAAGAGAAAGCACAAAAGAAGGCUAAGGGAGGAGGCGUUUAUGUGCCAGGCCAGGGUCCACCUCCAGCGGCUGGAGAAGAGCUGGUGAUGGAUGAAGGUGCCUAUCGACUCUACCACCGUGCAGGCACCGGUUCUCCUUGCUUAAGCUUUGACAUCAUACAAGAUACCUUCGGUGACAAUCGAACCAGCUACCCACUAAGCCUUCUCCUUUGUGCUGGAACCCAGGCUGAAACUGCCCAGGCCAACAGACUGAUGGUGAUGAAAAUGCACAACCUCCAUGGGACCAAUCAAGCCAGCAAAGAUGUUUUGGGAGCAGAGAGCAGCAGCGACAGUGAAGAUGAUGAUGAUGAUGAUGAAGGGAAGAAACCACAGCUGGAACUGGCCAUGGUGCCCCAUUAUGGGGGUAUUAACAGAGUUCGGGUGACGGAGCUGGGUGGGUCCCAGAUGGCGGCUGUUUGGUCCGAGAAGGGGCAAGUGGACAUAUAUGACCUGCAGCGCCCGCUAGUAGCUGUGUCUGACUCUCAAGCCAUGGCUGCCUUCCUGAGAGAAGAGCAGGCCAAGAUAAAACCCAUCUUUUCAUUCACUGGGCAUAUGACGGAGGGGUUUGCUAUGGACUGGUCCCCCAAGAAACCAGGCACUCUUCUGACUGGUGACUGCAACAAAAACAUCCAUUUGUGGACACCCAAGGAGGAUGGCUCAUGGUUUGUGGACCAGCGGCCUUUCACAGCCCACACUGCAUCAGUGGAAGACUUGCAGUGGUCCCCUAAUGAAGCUACGGUUUUCGCUUCUUGCUCAGCAGAUGCCUCUGUCCGAAUCUGGGAUAUCCGAGCAACACCAGGGCGAGCCUGCAUGCUGACUGCCAGCAAAGCGCAUGAUGCAGAUGUCAAUGUAAUCAGCUGGAACCAAAACGAGCCCUUCAUUGUCAGUGGGGGUGACGAUGGCACCCUAAGGAUCUGGGACCUGAGACAGUUCCAGAAAGGUUCUCCUGUUGCCACCUUCAAGCAACACACAGCUCCCAUCACAUCUGUCGAGUGGCACCCUACAGACAGUGGUGUAUUUGCAGCCUCUGGUGCUGAUGACCAGGUGACCCAGUGGGACUUGGCUGUGGAGCGAGAUGAGGAAGAGGAGGCCGAGGACCCAGCUUUGGCAUCCAUCCCACCCCAGCUGCUGUUUGUUCACCAGGGAGACAAUGAUAUUAAGGAACUGCAUUGGCAUCCACAGUGCCCUGGCACCCUGAUCACCACAGCCCUGUCCGGCUUCAACAUCUUUCGAACCAUCAGUGUCUGAGGGAGAGGCUUUAAACAUGGCUGCUUCAUGCCCAGUGUUUACAGAGCUGCUGCUGAGGUGGCUCCUAGAUUCCUGGGUUUCAAGAUUGCUGCCACCUCUCUAGGACCUUCUCAAAUGGCUUCUUUGGCAGCCUAAACAAGCUUAUUUCUUCUUUUUGGAACAGAAAGCAGCCGUAAAUUAAGUUUUGCAGGGUUUUUUUAGGCCAUCAUCUUUUCUAUCACCUAACUGCUACAGCAGAGCCUAUAUCCACAAUGACUUCUUAAGGUUUGUUCUUCCCAUUAGAUGCCACUAUUUGGCUCUAGUUGGAGAAGUUCAAAACAGGAACAGCCCAGUCCAGUUUCCAUACCCACCGAGGUGGAUUUUUUAAAUUCCUGUCAAGUCUGUAUGACUAAUGAAACUUGUUUCUCUUUACACACAGGCUCUAGUCUGCCCAAACUACUUUCGUUAUUUUGAAAUGGAAAAGUCUGCACGAAAUGUAUGUCAUUAAAUUAUUUCUAAAGAAA